AUGUAUAGACGCUCGCUGCUAGUACCUCCAAGAAGAAUUACUUACAAGGAACCUCGCGAACUAUUAAGUGAAAGCGAUAAAUCUAAAAUUUAUAAAGCUACAUAUACGAACGAUGAAGGAGAACAAUUGACAGUUGCUAUAAAACAUACAAAGAAAUCGCUUACGAGAAAUGUGGAAGAAUUUGAAAAAUAUGAUGCUCUCCUCGGCUCAUCUAAUAUUCUCCGAUGCUACGGCCUGCUGGUAGAAAAGGACCAGGAAAACGAAAAUAGUGAAAGGAUCUCGCUUGUGCUUGAAUACGCCCGCCAUGGGAACCUCUUUGACUACUUGCAGCAUCAUUCGGUUUCAUGGGAAAAGAAAAUAAAGAUGUGCCAACAGAUUGCUGAAGGUUUAGAAUACUGCCAUAAGAAAAACAUAAUACACUUAGAUGUGAAACCAGAAAACGUGUUAGUCGACGAUGAUGAAAUUCCAAAGUUAGCAGAUUUCGAAAUGAGCAAGAUAAAAACUAAGCUUAGAGACGAAUUCGAAGAAACGGGAGGGACAUACAAUUGGCUAGCUCCUGAGAGAUUACAGGGUACUUCAACAGACAAAGAAGACUUCAGAGAGAACCCCGAGAUGUCGGAUGUUUAUUCAUUUGGUUUAAUAUUAUGGUCAGUUGCUUUGAAUGGUGAAACACCCUAUAUCGGCUUAUUAGCACAAGAAAUAGUGACCAAGAAGAUGGCUUGGAAUGAACAUUUUGAGUUGAAGAAACGUCUCCCCAAAGAUAUGCCUAUUGAUUUUGGACAGCUGUUUCUUGAGUUAACACAACCGGAUGUUAGGAUAAGGACAAAAUUGAAAGAUGCUAUUAUCAGCUUGCAAAAAUUAACUGGACAGAAGAAAGAACAUAACAACGAUUUGGAUCUUUCACUGGAUAUAGAACGAUUGGAAGAAGAUAUAGAACUGAGACUAUCAACCUCUCUGGCAGACCCGCUAGUUGAAUAUCUUGCAAAAGUGUCAGGAAUGGGGCCGGAGUUAGUGGACACUUUGACUACUGCUUUACUACCACAAAAGUUACGCAAGCAAAUUAAUGCAAAUUAUGGAUCAAAGUACGGAUUAAUCAGACAGUUGCGAGAUAUCUCACGGCUUUUUGGUGAAAACAAUCUGAAAAAGUUAGUAGAAAGAAUUGACAAGACAACGCCAGAGCGGUUUGUCAGACAUUUCAAAGCUACUUUUUUAGGAGACUUUCAUAAUGAUAGAACUGAGGCAUAUUCUGAUAAGGAUGUUGUCAGUCUAAUGGAAGCAGUUGAUCACAUGUCACCAGAGCAAUUUGUACAAGUAUUUAAAGACAUGUUUAAAAGAAAGACAGAGACAGUUAAAUUAGUAGAAUCAGAAGAUAACAAUUAG